AUGCAUUAUCAGUCUGGAUGGGUACAGCCCAUGCCAGAAACAAUGUACAACCUCACACAAUCACAGUCACCAUUCGCUUCGAAUGUAUCGAAUUACUUCCGGAGACCCGCCAAGAUCGUGAAGCCAAGUAGUCGAAAUACCAGUCCCAGGCAUCUGGCACGACGGAGGACAACAACGACGGGGUCUGGUAGCAAUGUUGUCAUGGGCAGAACACGCUCUGUCUUGGACAAGCAGCGAGCAAAUGCACCGCAACAACAAGAUCACCACAUCAAUCAACAAUCACGGUCGCGGCCCAUGAGCUGGCAUCCUAACACCUAUGCCACGAACAUCAGCCCUUCGAUGCACGACACCUCCUUCUACCUCGACAACAGUAGCGUCUACCAGCCUUCCACCUUCUACGACGCCACCACGACCUCAGCGUACGGUCAAUACACCCCACUCACCCAGCCAGUCAUAGACGAACCUCAGAUCCACGAGCUCAUCACUCCCCUCGAGAGCCUCUCCGCCCAGGAAUUCAACAACCAUGCCUUUGACAUGCCAGCGUACAUUGACCAACAAUACUGGCUACCUCAGCAGAAUCACGCCACCAUGGACGCCAUGUUCCCACCAAACCUCAACACCAGCUUCAACAACAUCCCCACGUACCAUCCGCAGCCCUAUCACCCACAACAAGCAACGUUCUUCAGCCAAGAUCUGCCCACCGCACCGUCAUCUCCAGACUUUCUCCCCAUCCAAGGCGGCGACAUCGACAUCGAAGCCUCACCAUUGGACCUGAACAACAAAGCUUCCGAACAGCCCAUACUUUCGAAAUCCGACGCGGAUGGAGGCGAAGAGCUGGUCGCCAUGGGUCUCUACGAUUCGCCUGCCGACGUUCAAUCGUCAUCGCUACUUUUCGGAUCAGGCGGAGGACUCGGCCUCAGAGGUGGGCUGCUGGAAAGGAGGCGAAGCUUGAAAUUGGAGGAAGCGUUUGAGCCACCAGCUGAAUCGAAGGAGCAGGAUCAGAGCAGUCAGGGAGACGAGCUGGAAUCAGGUGCAGAGGAGGAAGAGGUCGAAGAUUCAAUUUCGGAGCCGGACGAUUUCGCGGCCGUCAGUAUUUCCGGCGAAGAGACCUAUCCGAUGUAUCAGCAGAACAGUUUGGUUGGCCACAGCUUCCUCUUCCCUUCAGACGAGAAAGAGUCGGUCACAACGACUGUGCUGGAGCAGCGGGAACAGGACAGUGGAAUGUUCUACCCGAACUAUGUCAUGGCGCAGCAGGGCUUGCCAAUGAGUGGUGGAGGGUAUGGCUACUUUUGA